GAGGGAACAGGGGUGAGGAAAUGAUGUCAGUGCGCCUGGGAAAGAUGGGCGAGACUGAGGGGAACUGAACAGGAUUUUUGGUGUUGGCUGCUGAGGAACUAGAGGCAGAUAUUGUAAAAGGUUAGCAGGCCCUCUACUCCUGCUAACUAGGACUGGUCUUCCUUUUGUACCUUCCCACCACGGCGGCACACGUGAAGCCCACUGUGUGCAGAGUCAUUGUCUACUUGCAGCGAGACAUGUCUGGCGACACUUGCCUGACGGCGAUGUGCCCUGCCUCUGGGGCCAAGCCUAAAACCUAUAGUUUUAAAGGGGGCUGUCUGGGAAACAAGUACAUCCGGCUGAAUGUGGGCGGUUCAUUGCACUACACCACAGUACAGGUCCUGACAAGACAUGACACCAUGCUUAAGGCGAUGUUCAGUGGUCGUAUGGAGGUCCUCACUGACAAAGAAGGCUGGAUUCUAAUUGACCGAUGUGGAAAGCAUUUUGGAACCAUUCUGAAUUAUCUGCGAGAUGACACUAUUGCACUUCCUAAGAACAGACAUGAGAUCAAAGAACUAAUGGCAGAAGCUAAAUAUUACCUUAUUCAAGGGUUGGUAGACAAGUGCCAGGCAGCGUUACAGGAUAAAAAUGAGUCAUACGAAGCAGUAUGUAAUAUCCCCAUCAUCACAUCUCCAAAAGAAGAAGAGAAGCUGAUUGAAUCCUCUGCCAAGCCUGUUGUCAAACUCCUGUAUAACAGAAGCAACAACAAGUACUCCUACACCAGCAACUCUGAUGACCACCUUCUGAAAAACAUUGAGCUUUUUGACAAGCUCUCCCUCCGAUUCAACGGACGAGUCCUAUUCAUGAAGGAUGUGAUCGGAGAUGAAAUCUGCUGCUGGUCUUUUUAUGGACAAGGGAGAAAACUGGCAGAAGUUUGCUGUACUUCCAUUGUUUAUGCUACUGAGAAGAAACAAACAAAGGUUGAAUUUCCUGAAGCACGAAUUUAUGAAGAGACGUUAAAUGUUUUACUUUAUGAAACACCACGAGUACCUGACAACUCUUUGUUGGAAGCCACAAGCCGUACACGCAGCCAAGCAUCUCAUAGCGAAGAUGAUGAUGGUCUUGAGCUUCGCGACAGGGUUAGGCGCAUUCACGUUAAGAGAUACAGCACAUAUGAUGACCGACAACUUGGCCACCAGUCUGCUUACAGGGACUGACUGAAUACAGAAAAGAUGUUGCCUAAGAACACGAUGAAGACCACUUUGCCUAGAGAAAUUUAUAGCCACAGUCUUCAGCUCGCUGCCUCGCCAAUAUUAUGCAUGAUAAUAAGUCAUCAGCAUCAUAUGGAUGACUAUAAGUUUUUCUGGACAGUGGAGUUAGACUCCAUUCUAGCACAAUAUGAGAAACGGAAGAACUGAUGUCCUCCUUGACAUUUUGAUUGAGGAAAAACCCUUACAUUGUCAGGGUUUGUCCUUUUUGCAUCGCCCAACUAUGAUCACAUUGUGGCUUUAGAGGAUACAUAGAAGUACAAUAUAUGCAAGCAUUUCUCUCGA